AUGGCACCUUCUCUCACUCAUCCACCUGGUGUCACAUUCGUCGAUGAUGGCGAACGUGGAUCCGUUCACUUAGAAGCUGCCGUCUACUAUGGGGGCGGUGAAACGUUCACUCGUUCAAGAACAUACAGUCAUUCACAUAUCCAUGGCUACAACCCCAAACGUGCCCCCGCCUUCCAGGAAGACAUAAUCAUAAGGACACGGAGAAUGUCCCAUGACGAGAAGAGCGUCACAGGCCCGCGCCGUUUCCUCAUUGACGUCGAGGAGACCAUCCGGGUCGUCCUCGAACAGGAAGACACGGAUGGUGACUUCCAGAUCAGCAUAACGGAUGCAGGUCCGAAGUUGAUACCUCUUGGCACCGCAACUAGCAAUGGUUUCAAGACGUUUGACAUCCGCGGUACCUAUAUGCUGUCAAACUUAUUGCAGGAACUUGCUUUGGCGCGCGACCAUGGCCGAAAGCGCAUCGUGCUUGACGAAGCACGUCUAACGGAGAAUCCGGUCGACCGUUUGUCACGCAUGAUCCGACACUCUUUCUGGCAUUCUCUUACUCGCCGCAUUGACGGCGAUGGUCUGGAGAUUAUCACCGCAGACCCCAAGAACCGAACAGGUCGUGUACAGCCACGAAUCUACAUACCCUACGGGGAGCCCGCAAUGGUAGAAUACUACAGGAAGGUCGCCCGUGAAAAACCCCACAUGAAUCUCGACGUUCAGGUCCUUCCUCAAAAGAACGACGACCCAUACUUUGUCAAGAGCUUGAACUCCAAGCCCGGCCUGUUGGCUUUGGCUAUGGAGGAGAUAGACGAUGGCAAGGGCGGACGUACCUUAAAGGGCAUCCCCUUCAUCGUACCUGGCGCUCGUUUUAAUGAGCUCUACAACUGGGAUUCCUACUUCAUCUCCCUCGGCCUCCUUGUAGACGGCCAGGUACAAAUGGCAAAGAAUAUGGUCGAGCACUUUCAUAUUCGAGAUCAAGCACUAUGGCAAGAUUCUGAACGGAUCGCUCUGACUAUCGAGGCUAACCGCCAAUGGUUGAAACGCGCCAUCCAGGCCGCUAUCAAAGAGUACCAUACCAUUUGGGUGGCGGAACCCCGCAUGGACCCCAAGACCGGCCUAUCCCGUUUCCGGCCCGAUGGUGUGGGAAUACCCCCUGAGACCGAGGCUACCCAUUUUACCCAUAUCCUGGAACCGUACGCCGCCAAGCAUGGCAUCUCUGUCCUAGAAUUCAGUGAGAAGUAUAACAACGGUGCGUUGAAGGAACCGGAGCUCGACGAGUACUUCCUCCACGACCGUGCCCGUUGUGCGAAUCUCGGAACGAUUGAUCUGCAAGCACUUUUGUACAAGUACGAAGUUGACAUCGCCACUGCUAUCAGCGAGGUGUUCGACGAUGAGUUGAUGUUGGAAGAGGAUUUCCCAUUGAUGCCAUUCCCUCCAACGCCGGAGUCGUACGCCAAUCCACACCGCGAGCGAUCGACCUCUCGGCCACAAACCAGCGAUGAGUGGUUCGAGCGAGCUGAGUGGAGAAGGGAAGUAAUCGAUAAGUACCUGUGGAACGAAAGCAAGAAUCUUUACUUCGAUUAUGAUACCGUCCAGGAGAAGCAGAGCUUGUAUGAGAGCGUCACUGCAUUCUGGGCUCUGUGGGCAGGCUGUGCGAGUGAAGAGCAGUGCUGGAAACUCGUUUCCCAGUCGCUGAAGAAAUUUGAAGUCUUGGGUGGUCUUGUGUCUGGUACUGAGGAGUCUCGUGGUAAGAUAUCCUUGGACCGCCCGAAUCGUCAAUGGGACUUCCCUUAUGCAUGGCCGCCUCAUCAAAUAAUGGCAUGGGUCGGACUCGAGAGGUAUGGAUAUCUGGAAGAGGCGCAGAGAUUAGCCUACAGAUGGCUUUACAUGAUGACCACCGCUUUCGUUGAUUUCAACGGAGUUGUCCCUGAAAAGUUUGAUGCGGUCAAGCUGUCGCACUUGGUUGAGGCUGAAUACGGCAACCAAGGAAUUGACUUUAAAAUGGUCCCUCGUGAAGGCUUCGGAUGGAUGAAUGCCGCUUACCAAGUCGGUCUGUCCUUCCUGACAACGCAGAUGCGCCGUGCGGUCGCAGCUUGCACGAGUCCUGAAAUAGUCUUUGGCAGAGGUGCCACAGCCGAAGUCGCUGUUGCACAAGCGACAGCCGCCGCUGCCGAUCCUCUGGACCUUGCCAUGGAGGCUCUGAGCCUCGCGGCAUAAACUGCUAAAUGAGCCUCGUUAGGCAUUUUCGUCGUCUUGUUCAUCACUGAUACCAUGGACCGAAUGUGACCAUAGGAGACUGUCGCUGUUUCCUCUUAAUGCGUAGAGUGUAUAUACACAUUUUUUUUCUUUCAAGUCUCGUCCUCUUGUCGCUGAUGCCGCAUCCUCACAAUUUUCCAUGUAAUGCGUACCGUAUCUCAUAGAUACAAAUAAUUUGCCUCGUUCUGCUUCUUGC